AGAUUUAGAGGGAAGGUUUUAGUUAUCUGACUGCUGAUACCAUCAGGUGAUCCGUUCGAUCGUCCAUCAAUACUUCCUUCUAUCUAUCUCUCCGUCCCUCAAUCCAUCCAUCCAUCCAUCCAUCCAUCCAUCUGUUAAUCUAAGAAGAACCAUGGGAUCUUCAGAAAAAAGCAUCAAAGUCCUGUUGCUAGGUGCUGAGGAAUCUGGGAAAAGCACCAUCAUGAAGCAGAUGAAGAUACUGUACCGUGGGGGGUAUACGAAAGAGGAGCAGUUGGAGUAUAAAGCCGUGGUUUAUGGGAACAUCCUGCAGGCGGCUCUCGCCAUCACCAGCGGCAUGGAGAUCCUGCAGAUCAAAUUCGACACGCCAACAACAACCGAUGACGGGAAGAAACUGCAGAAGUUGGGAGACACUGUGGAGGAGGGCACCAUGCCCUCAGAGCUGGUGGAGAUCCUGAAGAGUCUGUGGAGAGACAGCGGAUUUCAGGCAGCCAUCGAGAGAUCUGCAGAGUACCAGCUCACAGACUCCGCAGCGUAUUAUCUCUCUGAUUUGGAUCGGAUCAGCGCACCUGAUUACAUCCCCAACGACCUGGACGUGCUUUACGCUCGCGUCAAAAAUACUGAAAUAGUGGAGGAACAGUUCACUCUCAAAGACUACAACUUCAGGAUGUUUGUUGGUGGGGGUCAGAGAUCUGAGAGGAAAAAGUGGAUCACCUGUUUUGAAGAUGCUGCCUGCAUCAUCUUCUGCGCCGCCCUCAAUUCCUACGACAUGGCCCUGGUGGAGGACGAGGAGGUGAACCGGAUGCAUGAAAGUCUUCACCUGUUUAACAGCAUCUGCAACCACAAGUUCUUUGCCGGCACCUCUUUAGUUCUCUUCCUCAAUAAGAAGGAUCUGUUCAAGGAAAAGAUCAGCAAAGUGCCGCUGAGCACCUGCUUCCCCAACUACAGCGGCUCAAACACCUUCGACGACGCCUCCAACUACAUCAAGCAGCAGUUUGAGGACCUGAACACUAAUAAAGGAGGAAAACCCAUCUACACCCACAUGACCUGUGCCGUGGACACCAAGGACAUCGAGAGCAACUUCAGCACCGUCGCCGACACCAUCAUCAAAAACCUGAAGGAGUGCGGACAGUUGUGAUCCCAAAACCAAAAAUCACCAAUCUGUCUGUGUUUAAUAAAAACAACGAGAUCAGAUCAUAAAAAUCAUAAAACACAAAUCAAAUCCUCCUCCUCACUCUCCUCCCACAACACCACUCAGCCAAUGAAAAGCUUUCCCUCUCAUCCAAUCAGUGCAGCUCCUCGGUUCUUCAUUAGAUACUGAAGCUGUUCAGUCUCCUAUCUAUCUAUCUAUCUAUCUAUCUAUCUAUCUAUCUAUCUAUCUAUCUAUCUAUCUAUCUAUCUAUCUAUCUAUCUAUCUAUCUAUCUAUCUAUCUAUCUAUCUAUCUAUCUAUAGAUGUCCGUCUACCUACCCUUUUGUCUGCUUAUCUAUUUAUCUACCUUUCUACCUGUCUGUCUACCUACCUGUCUGUCUGUCUGUCUAUCUAUGUAUCUAACCAUCUAUCUAUCUGACUUUCUAUCUACCUAUCUGUUUAUCUCUUUGUCUGUCUGUCUAUUUUUUUUAUAUCUAACCAUCUAUCUACCUAUUUAUGUCUAUCUAUCUAUCUAUCUAUCUAUCUAUCUAUCUAUCUAUCUAUCUAUCUAUCUAUCUAUCAGAAGAGCAGAAGAUCAGUGCAAUCAAAUCCUUCUAACCAUAUAUCCACCUUUAUAUGUCUACCUACCUGUCUGUCUAUCCAUGUCUGUCUGUUUAUAUAUUUAUGUAACCAUCAGCCCAUCUGUCUGUCUACCUAUAUGUCUAUUUAUUUGUCUACCUAACUAUCUACCUAUCUGUCCAUCCAUCCUAACAAGAGAUCGAUGCCUCAUUUUUAAAACAAAUAAAUCACUAAACUAAAGAUAAAGUGAAAACUCUAUUGGUAAUACCCAGUUCUCUCUUUUUCAGUGUCUGCACUUGACUUUUACACAAAAAGCUGAGUUUUAUUUUAUUGAAGGUGAGUCGGGUUAAUCAGGAUGAUGCAUCUCUGCACAGCACGGCUGAGAGAAAGUGAUGAGGAUCUGUUUGUGUUUGCUCUGUGAGAGCAGAGUUUAGAAACAAAUCUGAAACUGAAUUCAGAGGCUUUAGACAAGGUUUUACACAUUUCCUUCAUUCCUUCAUAUUUAUCUCUAUUAGUUACUGUCCAUAAACAAAGAAAGUUCUUGUAAACAAAUAAUGCUGUAACAUUUGCUGUUUUAAAUGUGGUUAUUUUAGUGAAUUAAUUAUAAUAAUUGUCUGAUUGUAUAUUAAUAAUUGCAGAUGUGAAGGCUUUUACACACAGGAUGUGAUUAAUUCAGACGGAAUCAGAAUAUGAGACAGAAUCUUUCAGCAAAAAUGUGAACUAGUGUGUGAUCGAGUCUGAAUAUUUCACAUUAUAUUACAUAUCCAAAGUCUGUUUUUCUCACAUUUUUUAAAAAAUAUAUUAUUAUUAGUUCAUCCUGAUAAAUUUCUACGUCUGUAAAUUCCAGUUCUAUAAACAGAAAUAAAUGAU